AUGUGUAAGCAAAACUUUACUUAUUGUCAACGUUCAACAUCGAACUUGGUUCGUCAUGUCAAAACAAAGCAUCCGAUUGAAUUUGAAACAGAAGAGGAAAGCAAUAAAAGGAAGCUACAAGUGUCGAGACGAGAGGAGAGCACCCUGGCAAUCACUGACUCAACAGCUACAACAUCUACAGCACCCCAAGUGCAACCAACCCUGCAACAAACGGUGGAACGGACUGCAAAGUACAAACCAGAUUCAGUGAGAAAACGGCAACUGGAUGAACAUAUACUGGAUCUCAUACUUCUAGACAUGCAACCGCUCUCUGUUGUAGAACAGAAAGGGUUCAGGAAACUGAUCAACGCACUGGAUCCUAAGUAUGAAAUCAUUUCGAGGAAAAGACUGACAAGUCAGCUACUGCCGAGUCGCUACCAGGAAGAAAAAGACAAACUGAUAUGUGAGCUCAAAGCAGUCAACGAUGUGGCUGUAACAUCAGACUGUUGGACUUCACGGUCCAACGAAGCCUAUACUACAAUUACUGCUCACUACAUCACUUCGCAAUGGGAGCUGAAAUCAUCAGUUCUUCUCACAAGAUCUGAAGGAAAGAGGCAUACGGUAGAGAACUUGGCUGCAGAGCUGCGAGAUGCCUUCCAAGAAGUUGGAAUAGAGCGCAAAGUUUCUACUGUAGUGACAGACAACGCCAGAAACAUCGUGAACGCUGUUGAAGUGCUGAUGAUUAGACAUCAUGCCUGCUUUGCCCACACGCUCAAUCUCAUGGUGAGAAGUUCCAUCAGUGAAGUGGAGGAGAUCAAGAGCCUCGUCAAAAAAAUCAAGAGCAUUGUCACAUACUUUCAUUCCAGCACUGGGGCCACCAACUCUCUGAGAGAAGUGCACGAGAGGAGAGGAAGCAAAAUGAAAAAGCUGAAGCAAGACGAAGAGACCCGGUGGAAUAGUACUUUUGACAUGAUCAGGAGCUAUGUAGACCAGCAUGAGGAAGUCACUACAGUACUGUGCUUGGCUGGGAAGAGCAGUCUGUGCCUUGACGCCGCUGAUAUACCUGCUGCCAAAGACGCAAUGAGCUUUCUGGAACCAUUCUAUGAGGCUACCACAGAGUUGUCAGCAGAGAAGAACACAUCAGCCUCAAAGAUAAUUCCACUGGUGAAAAUUUUGUCGAAAAUUACAGCAAAGAACACCUCAUCACUGUCCAAAAAGCUACACGAAUUACUGCACAUAAGAUUUGGGGAUGUAGAGGACAGAACCCAUCUAAAGCUGUCAACACUUCUUGACCCAAGGUUCAGGCAGUCAGGAUUUUUAUCUACGGAACGUGCAGCUAAGGCAGUGGAAGAGCUGAAAGGAGCAGUGGAGUCGGUCGUACUUCCGUGUGACCAUUCCAAGCAGGCAGAGGAAUUGAGCACAGCACCCCCGGCACCAAAGAAACCUAGUCUGCUCUGGUCUGACUUUGAUGAAGAGAUAGAAACAUCUCAAAGAACAGCAGCUACAACACUGACAGCUGCUGAGAUGGAAGUCAAGCAGUACCUGGAGAGUCAAGGACUUGCAAGAGAUAAGGACCCUCUGAUUUGGUGGAGAGAACAUGCAAAAGUCUUGCCGAGACUACAAGUAAUCGCCAAAGAUGUACUGGCCAUUCCUGCAACAUCUGUUCCAAGUGAACGAAUAUUUUCAAAGGCUGGGGAACUCAUCUCUCUUCGUAGAUCAAACCUCAAAAAGAAAAAUGUCGAUAUGAUUAUUUUCCUGAAUAAGAUCAAUGGCUGA